AUAUGAUUGUGGCUUGUAUAACCCUCGGUAGUCAUGGCACAUGGCGGGUCCGGCCGCGCCUACUGGAUAGACUGUACGCCUCCGAGUUCCGUUCUUAUGCCACUUCUCCAGGUAUCGCAACACGGAUCUCGCAGCCAUCAUUAUUCUUAAAUGUUAUUGACUGCCAGCAAUCAAUAUCCUUCAGAAAGAUCCAUUACUAUUGCCAAUUAUUUCUACCAAGCGCCAAUAACAGGAUAGAGAAGUCAUUUUUUCGGCGUGUUAUUGCAAGUAAAAGUGUCGACUGCUUAUCUACACUCUCGUUUCAGAUAGACAUGCCGUUCUCACAUCACAGCCAUUCUGGGCAAUUCUGCCCCGGGCAUGCAAAGAAUCUCUUAGAAGAAGUCAUACAGACAGCCAUUGCACAGAAGAUGGAAGUGUUUUGUUUAACAGAACAUAUGCCACGCGGCAAAGAGGACUUUUAUCCCGAAGAGAAAACGGAUGGGUUGUCAACGGAGGAAUGGCUUAUUGAGAACGAGGCAGCUUUUUAUACGGAGGGACUGAGAUUACGACAGAAAUAUGCAUCUCAAAUCAAACUCCUCAUCGGCUUUGAAAUUGACUGGAUACGACCCGAGUCCUUGAGACUGAUUCAAACAUCUCUAUCUCGUCUACCAUUCGAACUCUUCGUUGGGUCCGUGCAUCAUGUACACACAAUCCCAAUCGACUACGAUGUUUCCAUGUACCACAAAGCACGAGAAAUAGCAGGUGGAACUGACGAGCGCUUAUUUGAAGAUUACUAUGACAGUCAACUAGACAUGUUACAAAAGCUGAAGCCACCGGUUGUUGGACAUUUUGAUUUGAUUCGAUUGAAAAGUGAUGAUCCAAACGCAAGUUUUGCCAAGUAUCCGAAAGUGUGGGAGAAGAUUCUGCGUAAUCUUCGGUUUAUUGCUGGGUAUGGAGGUAUGCUGGAACUGAACUCGGCGGCGCUGAGGAAAGGGAUGACAGAGCCGUAUCCUAAGGGGGAGAUUUGCAAAGAGUUUCUGGCAAUGGGUGGUCGUUUCUGCAUGUCCGAUGAUAGCCAUGGCAUCGAUCAAGUCGGCUUUGGGUAUCGGCAAGUACUGGAAUUUAUAGAACAGACUGGCAUAACGGUCAUACAUUACCUUGAUCUUUCGGACGAGGACGCGACAUUCGACGAUCGAUUCCCAUCGGUAAGGAUCCGUUCUGUCUCUGUUGGGGCGCUCAAACAGAAGCCAUUUUAUCGAGAACUAGUAUAA